AUGCAUCCUGUAAUCACCAUCGACUUUACACAUAACACAACCAAUGAUAAUGAAUUCAACCAGAAUGACACAGACCAAGAUUAUAAAAUGCCCAAGAACCGUUGUAAGGAAUACGACAAAAGAAUUAAUGUUGGUGAAUUCAGCCAGCCUGACAUAAUUCUGCAUAAUAAUAGUUCAGAAAGGACAUUACCGUACAUUUCAAAAGGUUUGAAAUCAGUAUUUCAGCAACUGGUAAACAGCCUAGAGCCAGCAGAGAGACAUUCCUCAUCAGCACAGAAAUGGUCCUCUGAAGAAUCAUUUCCGAAGAACCUACAAACUGGAAGCAGAUCCCCAGAACCCGAAAACCCCCAAAAUGAAUCACAUGUGUUGAAAAUGGUGGUAGCCAGUGUUCCACAAACCAGUGACAGAUCCCCAGAACUCGAAAAUCUCAAAGAUGGACCAGAGGUUUUGGAAAAGGAUACAACUAGAAUCCUGGACAACCCAGCAUAUAUUAAUUAUUCAGCAGAAUAUAAAAUUGGUAUGAUGUCUUAUAACCAUUUAAACAAUACCAAUAGCAGUGAUUUGCCGCCUUGUGAAAGUCGCCACUCUGGAAGCAUUGAUGCCAGAAGCAGUAAUGCCAAUAGCAGUGAUGUCAGAAGCAGUGAUGCCAAUAGCAGUGAUGCCAGAAGCCGUGAUGACAGAUACAACGAUGAGAUGGUUCGGUAUGCUUCAUUUGAUGAAUUCCCCUCCACCUCGGCCUGGCCGAAUCGUCUGGCAGCCGCAGGAUUCUACCACAGUGGACCGGAUGAUCAGGUUACCUGCUACAGCUGCGGGAUGUCCCACAGGAACUGGAGGCAUACAGAUGACCCCAUGGAGAUUCACAGACGGGUGUCUUCUGGCUGCAGAUUCGUCCUCGGUCAGGAAGAGAACCACCCCGUGGAGGUGCAGGAAGAGGCCCGUGAUCGACUCAUAAGGAUUAGCGGAGUAUCGCCAAACUUACUAUCAAACCUGCUUUCUCGACAUACCGACAAUACUGGCCCCGCUGUGGAGGCAGCAUCAUUGACUGGUACAAGCUCUGCCGUACUGGUAAUGUCGACAACCAGCAUGGAGUCCACCAUGCUGGUUACUUCAUCCGGUGCCGCUUAUAGCAGUGGGAGUUUGCUGCUCGACAGGCCGAUUACAGACAACGAACUGUUUGGUUCUCCUUCAACAGCUGGCGGUAAUCUGACUGUGGGCCACGGUACCACACAGACAGCUUCAGCCAGUGCUGGGCUGACGACGGCAGACACUAUGAUAAUCAGCUCCACUCAUGUCCAGCUGCCACCUGAUUCGUCAAGGAACUCAGACAGACCUCCACGAACCUGGCAGCAGCCGAAGUAUCCCAAGUAUGCUGAUUUGGAUACACGUAUUUUGACGUUCGCCGGACGCUGGCCGCACCCAAACAACCAGACUCCACGGCAGCUAGGGGAAGCAGGUUUCUUCUUUUCAGGAAAUUCUCAAGAUAGCACAACAUGCUACUUUUGUGGUGGUGGUCUUAAAAACUGGAUACGGGGAGACAACCCAUUCGUGGAACAUGCCAGAUGGUUUUCGCAGUGCGAGUUCAUUAGAGAGGUCAAGGGAGACAAAUUUGUUGACCUAGUUCAAGAGAUGAAUGAAAACAAAGAAGAGAUUGACUAUAAGCAGGUGAUGGCGAUCGUCACAGACACGAGACCAAUGACUGAACGACUGGGGAUCAGAACUCGACAUGUUGAUGCCACCCCAAGUGAUCCACAAACAGACAGUAUGCAAGACAAUCUUCCCGGAACCAGCAGUGAGAACAGCAAUACAAGCACCAGCAGUAAAGAGGCUCUUAGUACAGCUCCCGGGCCUGCCUCUGAGGGCACAGGGGAGCAGUUGACGUGCAAGGUGUGUCUGGAGAACAACGUGAGCGUCGUCUUCCUGCCGUGUGGACAUCUCUGCUGCUGUGUCGACUGCGCCGCCAGACUCAGGAAGUGUCCUCUCUGUCGGUCCAGAAUUGAAGGCACUGUUCGGGCGUACUUGGGAUGAACUUCAGCUUUCUUAGUGCUCACAUACAGUUCCACCAAAAUGUAUACGCAAAAGAAAUUAUUCUUUCUUUGAAUCUACCGUAUGAAGUAUAAUAAUGAGUGGAGCAUUGUUGGAAUACACUUAAACUUUCUUAGUGCUUAUACACAGUUCCACCAAACAUUCGACACAAAAGAAAUUAUUCUUUCUUUGAAUCAAGUAUACUAAUAAGUGGAGCCUUCUUGAGAUGAACUUCAACUUGAUUAGUCCUUAGUGCUUCGUUUCACCAAAACGUUUUCACAAAAGAAAUUAUUCUCUUUUUGAAUCUACCAUACGAAGUAUGAUUAUGAGUGCUUAUUGUCUAAAUGCAAGUUUGUGGAUAUAUAAGAGUCUUUUGCUGAACUUGCUUUUUUUAAUCCACUUUGGAUUCUUUGUUCCUGGGUCCAUCAUACAGCCAGAGCAA